GAAGUGCAGACAAAUCAUCUUUUUUUAGGAGCACAAAUGGAAUGUUAUCUCAGAAAAUAAUGUUUUUUCCCUCUUUAUAUUUAACAAUCCUCGGAGAUGCUUCUAUCACCACUCAUCUACACUUUUUUUUCCUAUAUCAACAGAAAGAUCAUGGGGGCAUCUCAAACCUACAGUAAUGCCAAGUCGGUCAGGUUUGUGGAGUGCCUAUCGAAGUCAAGGUAAAGGAGCUUACUGGGAUGAAGAGGGGGGAAGAGGUAGGACAGGGAGAAAGGGAUGACAAGGAGAGUCAGAGCAAAGAGAGAGCGAGAGAAGGAGCAGACAAUUGCGCUCAGCUCCUCUCCAACAAACCCAUUCCUCGCCUCCUUCAGGCAAAGCGGAGUAGCGGCAGCAGCGUGCGGAUUUUCACUUGAGAGGAACGCGCAUCGGUGGGAUAUUUUGAGUGGAUUGGUGACCAAACAUACAGAAAAGGAUACAUACAGAAAGAAAAAAAAACAGGAGAGGAAAGAAGACGCCAAGUAGCGACUCUGGCAUAUUUUGAGGAAGUCUCCAGGUCGCACCUGCGCGCCGUGCGUGUCCUGUCUCCCAGGGGAUAAAAGUGCGUACAAAUUUUUACGCCGACUUUUACGCAAGGUGACACACCGAGCAGGAGGCAGCCGGAGACGCUCCUGGAAGCACGAUGCUGAUCGGUACAUCUGCCCAGGGCAACCCCCUCCUGGCCUCUCUCCCAGUACCGGGGCGGCCUCUGCAGCCUCAGCUCGACCUCAAACACCUCCUACCCUUCAGACUCAAUGGAUCCUCACCCCUUAGCCUCUUUCCCAACUUCAAUACGAUGGACCCUGUCCAGAAGGCAGUGAUUAACCACACAUUUGGGGUCCCUCAGCCUCUCAAGAAGAAACAGAUCAUCUCCUGUAACAUCUGCCACCUGCGCUUCAACUCAACGAACCAAGCAGAGGCCCACUAUAAAGGCCACAAACACGCCCGAAAACUCAAAGCCAUGGAGGCCCAGAAGAACAGGCAGCGACGAGGUGGAGAGACCUCAACUACAGGGAAGGAGCGGGAGCGGGAGCGGGAACGAGAACGAGAACGAGAACGAAACAAGGCAAUCCCUUCUGAUGCACCUCUUCCAGCACCUAUGGACACAAGCUUAGUAAAAGAAACAAGUCUUCAGUUUGAUCUGGAACCAAGCAUCCUGGAGGGAAAACUGGAAGAGAGUCCCAGGAGCUCGGUCAUGCUGACACCGGUGUCUGAGGUUUCCUCUGUGGAGCUGGUCACGCUUUCCCCUCCUCAGAUUUCGCCUUCCUCUCAGCUCUCUGAGACGACGUCAGACACCAGCACUUCGGAGGGUGCAGAGGCCGCCGAGGCCGCAGAGCCCACAGAGCCCACUGAUGCGUUGUGUCUGACCGGCGAGUCAAGUAAUGUUGCAGACUCAUCUAUCACACCAGGGGAGCCAUGCAUGGAUGACAAUAAAGACCCCAAGAAGAGCAAAGCUCACCUCCACUGUCCUGUCUGUAAAGUCACAGUCAACUCCACCUCCCAACUGGAAGCACAUAACAGCGGUACUAAGCACAAAUUGAUGCUGGAAGGUCACAGUGUUCUGCCGCGCCGUAGGGGGAAAGUAGUGGCAGCUCGAGCUGGCUGCAAGAGUAAGCGGCUGGGGAGCAAAGGCAGCGUCGGGGUGCCUAGCAAGAACUUCCAGUGUGAAGUGUGUGAAAUAUUUGUGAACUCUGAAACCCAACUUAGCCAGCACAUGAACAGCAGAAGGCACAAGGAUCGGCUGGCCGGAAAACCACCCAAACCCAAAUUUACCCCCCACAGCAAGAGCCAGCCGAGCUCCAGCUUCACGAACGUGAGAUGGAGUGGCUAUGCAGGUGUGGCUGUGUCUGCCAUGAAGAAAGCAUUCACCCAGUGCAACCUCACUUCUCUCUCCUCGCAGACCAAACUGGCCUUGCAGAAGCAGCUGACCAAGAGUUUGACAACUGGCUUCCUGCCCAGCCCCCUCACCCCACCAACUCUGUGCACAGUGGCGACUAACCCGCUGGCUCUGCGCCACCCGGUGGGCACCACCACCUUCAUCCAGACCCCAUUCCUAGGCCCUGCACUGUUCCGGCCUGCUCCGGGGCCGCUGCGGGCCACGCACACUCCCAUCAUUUUCUCCCCUUAUUGAGGACUUAACCAAUCUCCCAGUUAAGCUCCAGUCCUGUCCCUUUACCAAAUCCAAGGCCCUCGUUUUAGUGUGACCACGCAACAAAGGUCACAUCCAAACUAUGCAGCCCACUUGACUUAAAAUGGGAAGAGUGCACAAAUUCCAAUUUAUCACCAGGCCUCAUGGCCUGAGAGCGCUUCUCAUCACAAAGGCCAAGAUCCCUUUUCAUGCCUUCUUUCUGCUCCUUCGUUGGUGACCUCAGGAGCAGCACAGGCCUCCAGACAGUGACUGGCACAAGGAGACCGCAUUUAUAGCCAUUUCAUGGGUCAACAUGGUUUAAAUUAUAAAUAUUAUUGUGUAAUUUCUUAGAAAACAUAUUAGAAAAAAAUCUAGAUGUAUGUUUAGUGUGGUUGCCACAAAAUAAGGUCCCUUUACUUGAUGCUCUUAUAAAACCUUUUUUAUCUUCUAUGUUUGGAGGCUUGAUGAAAAGUUGUUGUUGUAGGUCCAUAAAGUAGCUGAAGCAAAGCCAUAUAUAUAUGGCUGCAGAGGCCAGCCUCACUCAUCAGUGUUUUCAGCUGACAAGCUUAAACAAUGCUGUUGCAUGGUAUUGUGAAUAUGGUAAAAAAAAAAAAAAACAUAAAACGUCUUAGUUUAAGAGUAGAGCUCUGAAUUUUUAUUGUGAGAUUUUGUUAAAAGGUUACAAGGUGUUGGUGUCUUACCUACAGUACAUGGCACAUCUAAGCUGCCAUCACAGAUUCUACCUGGCCAUGUAUGCUUGCAUAUUUAAAAAAGCCUUACAUGACUGAUAACGUAAUAAUUAAGGCAACUUCAUGGCACAUUGAGUCCUACAAUGCUUUUAAAGUACAUGUUUAGCUUUUGAUACCAACUCAGUUUGUAUAGUGCAUGUGUCUUGGGAUCAGUGAUGUGUAAUUUUGGGUUCUGCUACAUCAGAAUGAUGUACUUUUCUUUUCUAUACCAAAGACUUGUAUGAUCUGGGAAUUGAUCUUCACUGGUCAGAUAAUUAUCUGCCAAAUUAAUCAAAGUUAUUCAGUUGCAUUCCUAAUACAAAACUUGUUUCAUAUAUAUAAUUGGGUUAUCCCUGUAAUAUUGUACUCGUAGUUGUGCAAAAAUGCUAUAGCAGUGGCACAUUGUUACAUGAGUGAGAAGAGGUUUAUAUUCCAACAUGUCCUAAAAAUCUGUGGCAGUCUGGUGUAGCAGACCAUUAGGUUAUGCAUGCUAUGAUCUCAAAUGUGAUGGAAGACAAUGCUGGAGCUCAAUUCUCCUGAGGCAAAAUCUUCCUAUGCUAUGGAAAUGCAAGGUAGAUAUGUAAUAUUGUGGCAGGAGAAUUAGCAAAGCCUUCAUUUAUAGAUCCAGAUUAGUCGGUCCCAAGCUAAAGUUAGCAUAUAGCUAAAUGGAGCCAAUGUGGGCGUCUGCUUACUUCAAAGAACUGCAACUUCAGAAAUGUCACAAUAAUUUACGCAAAUCAUUUUGAUCAACCCAAAUCUGUUAUUGUGUUAACACUGGUUAGUUACAAACAUGCUGAGCAUCAAAAGCAUUUCUUCUCAGACUGCUUAAAACCAAAGCAGUGUAAAAAUCAGAAACUGUUCAGAGGUCAAUGUGAAUUGUAAUUUAUGUAUUUUUUAGACCUUCUCACAUUUCUAGCAAUCUAUUGCAAUGACUGGAAACGUUAAGCUCUAAGUUCAUGUCUCGCAUGGGAUGAUCCAGGGUCAGCCUCGAUUUCCCUUGUAAAUAUUCAUUGGCUUUUGUGUAAACAACUGCCUGAUGUGAACAAGAAGAUGAUUUCAAAGUGUGUUUUUUGAGAUAGGACUUGUUUCCAGCACUGAGGCACAGUUGCUUGCAAUGCUGUCUUGCCUUGGUUGUUUGUCUUGUUGGACUGUGAAGUGUGAUGUGAAACACCUGCACUCCCAUGACCCUGCUAGAUAAGUAAACAUAGACAGGGGAUGGACAGAUGGACGGACUGGGGGAAGUGUUUCUUAAAGGUAUGAAACCUGUUAACUUUAAUCUCUGAAACCAACUAAUCUGGAUUUAAGAUAAACAACAAAGUUAACAAAUAUAUUACUGAAGGUAAGAAAUUAUCCGCCUUUUAAUCUUUUAACAGAAGCUCGCUUCAAAAAUUUAAAAUAUUCACUUUAAAGGCUCGUAAGGACAAAAGCGACCCGUCACUGUAGGUCUAAAAUGGUGUAUUGUUUGUGUUACAAUCCAACAAAAAAAAAAAAUGCAUUACUGAUGUCUGUUUCUUUCUUUUCAAGUAAGCGUAACAGCCCCUGCAUCCAAGUUAUUUUUUUUUUAAAUGCACCAAGGAUUAAACAGUCAGUAACAUCCACAAAAGGUCAGCUUGUCAACGAAACUAUUUUUCAGUUUGCAAAUCUGCUCUUUGGAAUCUGAAUUCUUGCUUCAGAGUAUUACUCAUGCAUGCAACCUGGGAUUAUGCUUUUCCUAAGGUUGCGGCAUGAAAAUAUUUUUUUGCAGCUAUUCACGUCUUAUCCUGCCAAAUUCCCCUUUGUUUCGCUCCCAUCCUCACUUCUUUUUAACCCCAUUUUCCUUUCACCUCACUGCCAUCACCUUGACGUUGUCCCUGAUUUUCUUCUGCUGUGAUCUCAGUUUAAGCCGAUGAGGAGCAAGGAAAUGACACACACAAUCAAAGCACAUAAUGAGAACACAAUGGAUAACUUGAUGACUUGAUGACUUGAUGACUUGAUAAGAUUUUAGUGUUUGAUGAAAAAUUUGACAGCGGAUGGGAAGGCUGCUCAGUCUCAUUCUGAUUGACAUCCCGGUGCUGAGACUGAACGCAGCGUGUGGAAAGGGGUGUGGAUGGGAUACAAAGCACAGUGCCAUGGCAACCACAGUAAAAAGCACCUUAAAAUGGAUUUACUUACAAAAGCAAUGAUUAUGUUGAUAUUCUCUUGUUUUAUUAUUAUUUGUAGGUGUAUGUUUUAUAAAAUUCUGCUAUGAAAAAAACUAAUCAAGUGAGAAUGAUCCUGUUGCAGUUUAUCUGUAAGGAUGACAAGCCUCACAGUUAAAGCAAUACAUUCAGUAGGUUUAUGUUCAUGUCUGAUGUGUCAAUAACUUUAUCUCUUCUCUGCUGUAAACUCCUCAUACAGUGUAUUGUGUACCCCACCACAGCCAAGGCCAAUUCUGGUUUGUCAGUGAAAAGUCAAAUGAAAUAAAACAGUUGUGCAGCUGCUGCCCUUGAUGCUCGACGCUCAUGGCCAGUCUCAACAUGACAAACGGGUGGCGAGGGGGGCUGCCUUAAGCGCCAUAUGACACUGCCGCUUCACUUUUCAGCGGAGCAGUAGGACCUCUGCAUGACUUCCACUGGAAAAAAAAAAAAAGAAAAAAAAAGCGAGGAGUGAUGUGGAAGUGACACAUAUGCAGCAUCGACUUGUCAUUGUGCUGUUUGUGCUCGUGCGCCGACUCCCACGCAGGAUAUCUGCUGACAUUCUCUCCUUUCCUUAUGUCGAAAACAAACUCUUGGCAAGGUCUCAACACAGAACUUGGAGCGCAUGUGUCAUCCUCUCCUCAGCAGUCGUACCGAAUCAUGUUCUCUUCAAUUACAGGAACCUAUGCAUUUGUGCAACGUGUGUACAUGUGUUUGACGCAGCAGUGCCACCUCUCGUAAAUAACCUGUAACUGCCAUUCAGUGCUUGUGCUUUUAACAGAACCCUCUUCAUCCGAUGUGUAUUUGUGUUCUAAGGACUCCCAAGCCGUUCUAGGUUAGCAAAGCCGCCAGGUCUCCUCGCCAUAAUGAUGUGAUGGUUCUCCCCAGUCCCACUUCUCAGUGAACCAACCAGCCUUUAAUCGUCACUAUUUCUUUCUUUCUAUUGCUCAAUGGGAACGCUGACCCAGGUGACCAUUUUUCUUAAAUUAAAUAACCAAUAAAAGUCAGAUUAUAUGUAGAAAUAGAGCAAAUAUAGAGAUUCUACCAGAGUCAUUAUUGUUAUCUGUAUUAUAAAUAUUAUAGAAGAGAGUUUAGAUGAUGUUAUUGUUGAAUACCUGUUUGAAAACAGGGUGGGGGGACUUUAUUGUUUUUCUCUUUUAUUUACAUGGUUUUAUCAACAUGUUUUAUAACGUACAACAGAAAAUAUUUAAAACAAAAAGAUUUGAGUGAGCUUUUUUUUCCACCAUGCUGGCAGUUACUGAAAUAAUAUUGUAACUAAAGGCCUUUUACAGACAAUAUCAUGACGUUGCAUUAACUAGGCCUUCUCAGGGGUGACAGGUUGAGCAAAUGUUAACAUGACCAUCCAUUCAGGGUAUCCCUCCAUAGCUCCAGAGGGCAGGAAACACUGUACACAUGGAUGGGAUGAUGAGAAAUAAAAUGAGCAAAUACAUUUAUGUACAUUAUAAGUAAAGUGGGUUGGAUUUGGGGAAAUAAAGCUUUUUCAAACUUGUGAAAA